AUGUCCUCUAACACCCAGGCUGGACUUGUAGUGGCUGUUGCACUUGUGUCCGCAACCAUCGGCCCCGCCCCUUCGAUCAAGGGGGAAGGUUCGGAUAACGAAGAAUCUGACGAAGAGGAACAUGAUGACACAAACCUAGGAGAAAUCAAAGCCGGGUUAAUGGAGGAGUGCAAAUUGGUCCUCGUCGUUCGGACAGACCUUGGAAUGACCAAGGGAAAGAUUGCUGCUCAAUGCGGCCAUGCGACCUUGGCGUGCUACAAAGCCAUAUCUGCGGCGAAUCCAGCGUUGCUUCGUCAUUGGGAGCGAUUCGGGCAGCCCAAAAUUGCGUUGAAAUGCGAUUCGGAGGAGGAGCUACUGUUGUUACAAGCAACGGCACAAAGCCUCAGCCUCUGUGCGAGAUCUAUUCAGGAUGCUGGCCGGACCCAAAUUGCUGCGGGAUCUCGGACCGUAUUAGGUAUCGGUCCCGGUCCACUCAAUAUGGCCGAAAUACCAGAGCCCAACUUCCCUGAUGAUAUUAUGCGAGAUAGAGCUCGUAUUCUCCAAGAAUUUCUUGAAGAUACAUCACGACCGGAUUCGACAGACUAUAUUGCCGAGAUCGAUACUAUGCUCAGACUCGAUGAAACUCGUCUCAUAGUGAAUGUCGAUGACUUGAGAGACUAUAAUGCCGAGCAUGCUAUUGGCGCAGCCUCCUUAGACAACCGCAUGAAUACAUACCUGCAUUUGACGCUGCUCUUUUGGAGAGUGAAGUUGCAAUACGAUACGGAAAAACAUGAUAUAUCGAAUAAAGAAUACCACGUCGGCUUCCGUGGUAGUUUCGGAGACCAUCAUGUUAGCCCUCGCACCCUCCGUGCUUCCCAUAUCGGAAAGAUGAUUAGCUUGGAGGGUAUUGUCACUCGAUGCUCACUUGUUCGCCCCAAGAUGAUGCGUUCGGUGCACUACUCCGAAAAAACGUCCACAUUUUAUAAAUGCGACUACCGUGAUGGUACUACUCUCUCUAGCCAGGGGCCUACAUCGACCAUAACUCCUCUCGUUGACCCCGAUGGCAAUCCCCUGCAAAUGGAAGUUGGUUACAGCACGUUCCGUGAUCACCAACGAAUCAGCGUACAAGAGAUGCCGGAACGCGCGCCACCAGGUCAACUUCCGCGCAGCGUCGAUGUAAUAAUGGACGAUGAUCUAGUCGACAAAUGCAAACCAGGAGACAGGGUUACACUUGUCGGCGUGUACCGCUCAAUUGGAGGAGGUGGUGGUGCUGGAGGAUUCAAGACUCUGAUCUUAUCAAAUAAUAUUGUGCUUCUCUCUACCAAAUCAGGAGGUGGAAUUGCACAAGCCAGGCUGACUGACACUGACAUUCGCAAUAUCAACAAACUCGCUCAAAAACGCAACAUUGUCAGCCUUCUAUCCUCAUCACUUGCACCGUCUAUCUAUGGUCAUGAUUACAUCAAGCGUGCAAUACUUCUCCUCCUACUCGGUGGUGCUGAGAAAAACCUCACCAACGGAACUCAUAUCCGUGGUGAUAUCAACAUUCUUAUGGUUGGUGACCCUAGUACUGCUAAAUCUCAGCUCCUACGUUUUGUGCUGAGUACCGCUUCACUCGCUAUUGCUACUACUGGUCGAGGGAGCUCGGGUGUGGGUUUGACAGCUGCGGUCACUACCGAUAAAGAGACAGGGGAGAGAAGACUUGAGGCAGGUGCAAUGGUGUUGGCCGAUCGUGGGGUUGUGUGUAUCGACGAAUUCGACAAAAUGAGCGACGUGGAUCGCGUUGCUAUCCAUGAAGUAAUGGAACAACAAACUGUCACAAUUGCCAAAGCAGGUAUACAUACCAGUUUGAACGCUAGGUGCAGUGUCAUUGCGGCGGCCAAUCCGAUUUACGGCCAGUACGAUGUCCAUAAAGAUCCACACAGGAAUAUUGCGCUACCGGACUCCUUGUUAUCUCGUUUUGAUUUGCUCUUCGUAGUAACGGACGACGUCGAGAAAACCGGGACCGAAAGAUCGCAGACCAUGUACUCCGCAUGCAUCGCUAUGUACCACCCGGCCAUGAGGAAGGAACACCUCGGCCGCCACUGCCAACGCUUCUGGCACAACAACCGAGCCCUUCGAGAAUAUGAUCCACUAAUUCAUGGUGGUGUUGCUCCCGGGCCUAGUUCUCGUUCAACUCGCUCGGCUGCCAAGAAACCUGAAAUCCUUUCGAUCCCUUUCGUAAAGAAAUACAUUCAAUAUGCCAAAGCAAAACCAGCUCCGGUGCUCACCCAGGGUGCUGCUGAUUGGAUUGUCCAAGUAUAUGCGUCUCUGCGAAAUGACGAACUGGAAGGGAAUAAUAAAAAGACUUCGCCUUUAACCGCACGUACACUUGAAACGUUGAUUCGUCUUGCCACCGCUCAUGCAAAGGCCCGACUCUCCUCCAAGGUAGAGGAGAAGGACGCGAUGGCUGCCGAAGAAAUCCUCAAAUUUGCCCUAUUCAAAGAAGUGCUCAAACCAGAGCGUCGAAAGCGACGUAAACUCAAUACUGGUGCCGCUGGGGCUGGAGCACAAAGCGACGAAGAGGAAGGGAGCGACGAUGAAAUGGAAAGUGCACCGCAGCGGAUGGAAAUGCCACAGCAACAGCCUGCCACGACUACCAAAGGCAAGGGCGACGAUGUCAACGGUAUUAAUGGGCGCAUGGAGGAGCCCUCAUCCAGCGCAGCUCAGGAAUCACAACCGCGCGGCGUCGCCCUCAGCGUCGAUAAAUUCCGUAGCCGCCUUUCAGAAGUAUUCCAGGAACGGUUUGCAGAGGAAGAAGCCAUUCCGAUGGAAUCAGUUCUCGAGGCCAUUAACGAAGGCCUCCCUGUUGACGAACUCUUUGGUCGUAUAGAAGCGACCGAAAUUGCCGAGAUUAUGACUGCAGCGGACCAAAUCAUGUUGAGCGAUGGAGUCAUUUAUAAGAUUUGA